CCCCGCCGUGCCCGUGUGCGCGGGGAGCAGCGCUCCGCUCCGCGGGGCGCCAUGGGGCGGGCGGGCCGCCGGCUGCCCGCGCUGGCAGCGCUCUUCUACGGGGCGCUGGCGGCCCUGGUGCUGCUGGGCGUGCGGGACGUGAUGUUCCUCUACGAGGAGAACCGGUGCAGCAUGACCUACAUGUACGAGUACCCCGAGUACCUGAAAAUAAAAUUACCUAAGAAAACAGCCAGACGAUACCCAGCAUAUGAGCUGUAUCUCUAUGGGGAAGGGAACUAUGCUGAAGACAACAAAAAUCUCCUACUGACAGGAAUUCCAGUUCUCUUUCUGCCUGGGAAUGCUGGCAGUUACAAACAAGUACGUUCUCUUGGCUCCAUUGCACUUAGAAAAGCAGAAGAUGUUGACUUCAAGUAUCAUUUUAAUUUCUUCAGUGUCAACUUUAAUGAGGAGUUGGUUGCAUUGUAUGGUGGUAGUCUGCAACGACAGACCAAGUUUGUCCAUGAGUGCAUAAAAGUAAUUCUUAAGUUGUACAAGGAUCGAGAAUUUGCACCGAGCAGUGUAGCAAUAGUUGGGCAUUCCAUGGGUGGUCUUGUUGCAAGAGCAUUGCUCACUCUGAAGAAUUUUAAGCCUGAACUUAUAAACCUGCUCAUUACACAAGCCACACCUCACGCUGCACCUGUAAUGCCUUUAGACAAAUACCUUACUGAUUUUUAUACAGCUGUAAACAAUCAUUGGAUUCUAAAGGCCCAAGAUUUAAGAAAUUUAACCACCCUUUCUGUGGCGGGCGGAUUCAGAGAUUACCAAGUUCGUUCAGGACUGGCUUUUCUACCAAGAUUGAGUCAACAUGACAGUGCCUUAUCUGUUGUGAGCUCAGCUGUGCCUAGAGCUUGGGCCUCAACUGACCAUCUCUCCAUAGUGUGGUGCAAAGAACUGAUCCUGGCUACCAUUAGAGCUUUUUUUGAUCUCAUAGAUGAAAACACAAGGCAGAUAACUGAAGACCCAAAGAAGAGAAUGUCUGUACUGAAUCACCACUUUGUGAGACACCCUGCAAAGAUGUUUGAGGAAAAUCCUGAAGCUUUUACACACCUCACAGGAGCUUUCAAGUGGAUUACAGUCAAAGGCUCAAAAUGGACUUACUCAGUUUACAAUGAUUCUGAUGGAAAAUAUUUCUCAUUUCCUCUUGCAAGCCACAGAAUAUCAUACAGUCAUGUUUACUGUGAAAAUAGUAUGUUGGACACAAGUAGCUGGAUUUAUGGCUGCAUGAACACUAAUUCAUCAACGUGCCUGGAAGCUGCUGAUUUAUCCUGGAGAGCUGAGUUACUUCCAACCACCAAGGUUGUAUUGCUGAAACUUCUGGACUAUCCUUCUUUGUCCCACAUUGUCAUUCAGGUACCUCCUGCAGUUGGCAAUAAGUAUACUUUGGGCUGUGAAUUCUUCAAAGAGGAUUCCAGAACAGUCCAGCUUCCUGUAACACAUCUUUUUUCAUUUGGGUUUUCUUCAAGCAAAAUUCUUUUAAAUUCAACUGGAUUACUUUACAAUGUACAGCUCCAGCACUUCAACCAAAUAUAUCAAGCUUUCAAAAUUUAUAUAGACAGUCGCUGCCAGUCACUCAAAGAAAGAAAACCAAGUGUUUACAGACUUCAUAUCCCCUGGUCAUAUGAAGACUCAAUAACUGUAGCGAAAGUUCCAUCUCUUGUUGAGAUUUCUGCCAAACUGCACAUUGCUCAGCCUCACAGUGACAGCAGCCUUCCAGAGUUAAACAUCUACUCUUCCCCAGACUGUCAGUAUGAAGUAAUUUUGAAGACAUCACUUCUACAAGUUCUUGGGCAAAUAGUAAGGUUCCAUGCUGGUGCUUUUCCAGUCUAUAUUGUUUCUAGUAUUCUUCUUACUUAUGGAGGACAACUGAGCACAUUAAGAUCAACAGGCCAGUGCUCAGACUUCUCCCUCGAACUAGUUAGGGCAGCAAAGCCCUACAAAGUAGAACCUCUUAUAAGCAUUGUUGUGUUUCUGCAGGGGUUUAACUGGUUUAGAGAGAUAUGGGAAUCACUGUCACUACCAGAGGUGGAUGCUGCUGUACUGAGUAGGCAGGAUGCAUGGUUCCCCCUUGUGUCCCUGAUUCUAUUUCUUUUUGGGACAGGCAUUGCCUACUGGAGUGGAGUAUUUUUCUCUACAUCUCUGAGACUCUUCUCUUCAUUAUGGUUAACUCUGAUUAGACCUACUGAACUUCAGAAAGAUAAGUUGAUUACACCCAGCAGACUCUGUGGGAUGGUAUCUCUUGCUUUGAUUAGCUGGACCACUUGUGGUGCAUUUGCUGUACUCAUUAUUUAUCUUCAAUACUUGUUCAAGGUUAUAAAACUGCAUGUAACUGUAAGAGCAGAGCAAAACAUGCACAACAGGGAUUCAGGCCACUCAAAAGAAGCUUCACAGAACUCCAGUACACACACAGUCAAAGCUCAGCAUUCAGUGGACAGCAUUCCAGAAGCAACACAGUCUCCUUCCAACAGCAAAACACUUGCUGAAGCUGUUAACAGUCUUAAGAUGCACAUUACAGUCCUUAAUUUAUUCACAUGGAUUGUGCUGCUCAACUUGCCAUCUUUAAUUUAUUGGUUAAAAAAUCUCAGGUACAGUGUUAGACUUGAUCCUGAUCCCUGUAGAUCCACAGCUAUUAUCCUCGUAUGCAUCUUAGAAAUUCUAAUGAAUUCAAGUACUUGUGAAGUGAAAUCAAGUAAACUCUUGAAGAUUGCAGUCAAAGUUCCACUCCCUUUGUCUGUUGCAAUGCUGGCCUUUGGACGAAUGCAUCUAUACAGAGUCCCACACUUUGUAACCUUUUCUCUUCUUCUACAUGUGCUGUGCUGUUUUGUGUAAUGUUCAUUCUAUAUAGGACAAUGCACCCUAGAAACUUAACACUGGAGAUGGGAAAAAUUGCAACACAGAAAUGCCUAAAUUAAUAUGAUCAGUAGUUUACAUUAUGUGGGAAAGAGGACAGAACUGUGAAUACUUUACAGAAAAUUCAUGGUUUUAUUCAUGUUGCUUAGAAAACUUCCUGGUGUUUAUUUCAUGUCUCUGAAAAUGGAGUGAUUUGGAGUGAUUUAACUGUGUAUAAGCACAUGACUCAUACCAGUGCAACAUCUCAAUACUCUGCCUUGUAGACACUUUGGUAUUUCACUGUACUGCUUUGUGAAAACAGACAUUUUUUACUCACUGUGCCAUGCAGUGUCUGUGUUCUGAACUUGCAUCUCUUGCAGGUCUGAAGUAUGCUGGUUAAAACUCAAUGCAUUUCAAGCACACUGUGACUAUCACAAAAACCACACAGCCAAGUAUACUUUGAAUUAUUUUAUGUUAAAUUCAAAAGCUGCCACAUUUGUGUCCAGACAAACUAGAAUGUACUGCUUAUAUAGAACUGUUAUUUCUAUCAAAUUAUUUGUUCAAUCAGUGUGAGUGGAACAUUUGUGAGAUUAGUCUUACAUAUUUUACUUUUUGUGAGAGUGAGAAGACAACAGUAUUCUAUGUAGCUUUCUAUUCAGGAAGGAUACCAGCAGAUUCAUAAACAAUUUGCUGUAAUGUUGUUUUAAAACAUUGUCAGUUUUAUCUGGAAUUUUGAAAUUAAUCCUUGGACUUUGUCCAUAUGUAGAAGCUACCAAACGUUGAGAUAUGGUGUGAGUUAACAGUGCAGCUGCUGCACUCUUUCUAAGUAGACAAGGCAGGCUUUUUUCCUAUUGUAAACAGAGACUCAACCAUCUCCUAAUAAAUGCCAAUACAUAAAUGAAUACGGAAUAGUUACAACCCUGCAAUCUCCUGUCCUGCCAUACAGUGCUACCUUCUGCAUGUGGGCAAACUCAGUAAUAGUGGGAAAUACUGACCGUAAUUAUUAGCUCUGUAUAAAUUUUAUCUUAGUGCCUAGAUGCUACAGUGACUGCCAUUUAUAGUAAAGCCUACAAUAGCUAUGUGUAAGGAAUUCUGUCCCCUGGGCAUGUGUUUUGCCAACAGAAGAAAUCUCAGCAGUCCUUAGGUUGAAAUGAUGUAUUGAUUCUGUGUAGGGAUGAGCUUACUACUUGCUUCUGUGUUAGCUGUCUCUGCUAUGUCUGAGAUACCUGUUACCUUCAUCUGGAAAUACUAGACUAGCUCAAUCAUCUUAUAGGAAUACCAAGAGGAAAUCUGCUGCUCACAGUCAAUCAAGUAUACUCUUGUUACAGUAGUACAGCCAGCCUGACCCACUAAUUCCAUCAUAUCUUAAUAAUCUUGCCUAAAGUGCCUCAGUUAUUUCCAGUGUGUUGUUAGGGUCAACUCCUUUGAGCUGGCUGGAAAGACUUAAUUCACACAGUGACUUUCCAAAAUGAAGGACAAACAUGAAGAAAGCCACGUGUGUUUUGUUUGCUUAUAUCCAUGCCAGCAGUUCAACUUAUUAGUAAAUCAUUAAAAGUGCUGUAACUGAGUAAGGCUAUUGUAGUUAGCCAAACCACUGUCACUGUUAUCAGUAAUCUAUGUGCUGGUAUUCUAGUCUUAACCUUUUCAAAACAGAAAGUUAGAUUAUAUAUAGUGUUUGUAAAUCAGAAAAGUUAUUUGAAUAGAUUAUAUCUUGAUAUUUUCUAAUCAAAUGUAUGCUACAGUAUAUGUAUAUAAGAUGAUUUGUGUGACUUAAUGUACUUGUAGCUAAAUGCAGGAGUUGGUUAAAUGAGAAAUUGCUGUUCAGACAUAGAAGAACAGAGUUGUUGUACUUGCAAAUGGCUGUGAAUGAAAGAUGGUGGCAGAACUGCUUUAGGGCUGGCAAAGGGCUGUGAAAUACGGAGGAUUUGAUUUCUGUGGAAGAUAGUUUUCCUUGACUUUCGUGGUCCAUUUGGCUUAUUACUCUAUUUUACUUUUGAUGUUGUUUUCCCACCUUAACAGGCUCUUUCUGCAUAAAUCCAUUUGUUGGAACUGUUGGAAAUGAAACAGACUCAAUAUUUGUAUAUUUGAUAGCUUUCAAAAUAUGCCAUAAAGUGAAACCUACUGAAUUACAGCAGCAUAGGAUAAUACCAAUUUUUUUUUUCUUUUUUUUUUUUUUUUUUUUUUUUUGGCUGGAGUUCUAUUGAUGAUUGUUAGCACUCUUCAUAAAUUGGGUUCCGGUAUCUUGUGUAUUUUCCUACCUGAUUUUCAAGUUGGAGGUAGGAAUAGGUAUAAUCCUGAGUCUGAGAUCCCAGAUGACAAGAGUUUUUCACAUCUCCCUCAACGCUCCCUUUUCUCAGAGAUUGUUUAGCUUUACUGGGGACAGGAGGGGAAGUCCAACUCCUAUUUGGAAUUGAAAUGCCUUGUGUGCCAUUAAAUGGAUUUAAACUGUUGUCAGGAUGUGUGUCUGGAUCAUGCAGUGAUCCUGGACUGGACAACUUCAGCUGUUUGGCAGAUCAGGAGUCUAAUCCCAGUUAGAUUUGCCAUACAAUAAAUGGAUGGUAAUAGGAUUGGAACAGUCUUAGAAUUCAUCCCGUUCUAAGAGAAGAUGAAUUAUCCUACUUGUCAUUCUGAAAAAAACUAGAUUUUCUAACAGUCUGAGAUGGUUUUUCAGGUAAAAUACAAUGCUUGUUUGUUGUUACUUUUGGACAAGAAGCUUCUGUUAGGUGAAUGUGUAGUUCUGCCACUGUUAUCAUUCCAGCAGAAACGUAGGAUAACCCAAUAUAUAUAUAUAUACUGUUAGUUGCAUAUAUAAGGAGAUGUAAAUAUUACUGAAAUAUCCUUUAUUAUGAGUGGGCUGCAUUUAUAAAACAGCUUUUGGCAAAUACAUUAUAAUGUCUCUUACUACUUUUAAUUACGUUACAAUUCCACUUUAUUCUUCAAAUUUUAGAUUAUCUAGACUAUGUGGGAGGAGAUCAGGGUACAAAUUGCAAGGAUUUAGACCUCAGGAUGCAUUCAAAAUAAGAACUAUUUAUGUGGAUCUAAUAUAACUUUUUAAAUAAGCUAUCAGAAACAAUGAGGAAACAGGGUAAGAACUUAAAAUACUAAAUGCCACUAACUUUUGGAACAGCAGAAACUUUCUUUGACAGGGAGAGAUUUAUUGAGAAGUUUUUGGUCAUAGCUUUAUACCCUGAAAUUACUCUGGAAGUCUAUAGUCUUUUCUGCUUGAUGUCAUCAAACGCGUUCCUCACAGUCUCAUCAUGCUGCAAUGACAUGUGUAGCUAACACUUCAUAGAAAGUCUCUAUGUGUCUGAUAAGGAAAAAUUCACAUCUUCAUUGGAAUUACCAAGUGUACCUUGGAACUGAGUAAAUUAGUGUUGUCCAAAGCUAAUCUUCUUAGUUGUGGUUUAAAAGUUGCAGUGGGUCACAUUUCAGCAUCCUGUUGAACAAGGAUUGGUUUGGGGGUUUUGAUGGGAAAUUUCUUUGUAUGUUUUAUUUCCAAGAAACCUGCAGUAACUGGAAUUUAAGUUAAUAUUAUUUCCGACAUUUAGAGUUCUGCCCUGAUUUUGGUUUUGAGUAAGCUAAUUUAUGUAGCAAAUCAUUCCUUAAUAUUAAUUUGCUAUGUUUCAAAACAAAUAGAUGAAUAAUGACAAAACUGUAAGCGGUGCAGUACCAAUACAUUGUAAAAGGCAUAGAGACUGCUGGUAUGUCUAAGUGAAUUUUUCAUCUAUAACCUAAUUGGACUAACUUUAAAGUCAGUGAUUAAUAAAAUAAACUGUAUUGACAUUUAACCUCAAAAGCAUUCCAUAUGUCAGUGUUUGAUACAUCUCAUUUUCCAUGUGUGUGCCAGUAACAAGUGAUGAACUCGCUUAGUGUUCUUCUGAAAUCUGAUAAGUCUGAUCCAUCUGACAGCACAGAACAAAGUCUGUUAUGUAGCCAUUAAUAAAUGUAAACAUUUGAGAAACUUUAAUUUGAAUCAAGUUAUUCCAAUACAGGGCUGAGUGUGUUUAGACUUUUGUUAUAUUUAUACUGAGACAAAACCAGCCAUUUACUGACCUUUAAUACGCUGAGCUAUGAAGAUGUUUUUGGAAAGUGGUUGUAGAGUCUGUACAAAAUUGUGCUGUUGUUCUAAGUCACUAAGCUAUUAGAAAAUUGUUAGUUGUAAAGUAGACUGAAUUCUUAGUGCUUAUUAUCCAUUUAAUGUUUUAAUGGUAAAUGCUUCUCACUUAAUUUACAGCUUUGACUUCCUGCAUCUCUUUGUUUUCUGGGAGAUAAUCAGUAUAGCUUUUGUAAGCAUUUAGCACUGUAAAAUUUUCAUCACUGUUCCUUUAGGGGAGACAUACUUUUGUCACCAAAUCUACAAACUGUUGUUGUAUAGCAUCUAAGAAAUGUGUGACAAUGAAGGACAAUUCAAAACUAGCCAAUUUUUUAUUAAAGUACAAUUUCUACCUUCUUUUUAGAGCCAGAACUUUAAACUAGAAUAUUAGAAUCCAUAAAGUCUUAAAAAAUUUGAAAACCUUUUGUAAAGACUAUGCUUUCUGAUGUAUAUUUUUAUUUAUGGGAGAAUGUGUUCAAAGCUUUUAAUCAGCUCAUCUAUCCUCAAACUCAAGUAAAAAGUAUACACUUUGUCUUAUUCAUAGACACUGCUGCUUUAAGAAUGAAUUUUAAGCAUUUAGAGAGAAAAUUCCAUAGCUCUUACUUAAGCAAAUCUGCCCAGCCCUCAAUUUUUCAUGUGUCUAAGCACAUAACUGCCUCAAAUAUGUGCUUAGUGCCUUGUAGGAUGAAAAUGUGAGCUGUGAUAUUUUGACUUUAUUUUCUUAAGAUUUAAAGUUUCUGUCUGCAUUCUUAAAUGUAGACAGAUUUUGCUAUUCAUGGUGUUGUAAACAAACCUUGUAAGCAUUGCCUCUCUACAGUUACUGGCAGCUUGUGCUCUGGAUUAAGUAGGACUGUGUGGUGUCAGAGCUGACUGUCUCUAAAAACCAGGGGUGGUGAAUAUCAUCAUAUUUGUUACUUGUGGCACAUCAUUGCAGGUCCUCCUUGCUCUGUCUGCUUUGCAGGGUCCCUGCUCUGUAGUGCCAAGCAGGAUGUUCCCACAGCAGUGGGAACUGGGACUGACCUAGAAGUGCAGCAGCUGUGUCCUGUAGACUCGUUCUGUUUGUUGAAAUACCAGCCAAGACUACUUUUUCCCUCCAACUUAAAUAAUUUCAGGGUAUAUCUAAGUAUCAAAUGUGCAAGUGUGUUGAUGUUUAUUUUUACAAAAGGCUAAGUGCACUAUUUUAGGAUCAAUUCAGGCUUCAGUAUUUUCCACCUACUCCACUCUGAUUUUGGAAACAGGAUUUGAGGCUGCAGCACCUGACAGCUGGAAUACUUCACAGAAGUCUACAGGUAGUAGACAGGACACAUAAAAUUAGAGUGCCAGACCAAAACUGAAAUUCCUCACUGUGACUUUAAACUUGUAGCUUUCUAGAGAAAAAAAAAAAAAAAAAUAUAUAUAUACUGUGCCUUAAACCAGUAAAUGAAUACACUCCAACUGUAGCCUGUGGACUUCAAUAGCCUUAUAUUUGAUUUUUGAAGUUGACCAAAAAUAUUUGUGUGGAUCAUACUGAAACUUGAUUUUGGGAAAAAUGCUUUAAAUUAUUUUGAGCCCAUUUUACAAUUAGAGAAAUGAAGAUUUAUGACAAGUACCACAUAUUUUUUGUUUGGAAUCACACCAACCAAAGUCAGAAAGCUAUAGCUGACCUGAAUUUUUCAAGCCUUUCUGUUGUGACCAAAAGAAAAAUAAGGAAAACUAGUUGCAGAUAUCUGUCUCAGCUUUGAAGUCUGUGUGUCUAAUUAUUUUUAAACAUUUUGCUCUUUAGUCCUCAAAAAAAAUCCUCUUAAUUUUAGUUUAAGCAAAAUACUGUAUUUAAGCCAUUAAAUAGCAAAAUAUUCACCAGUGUGAGAAGAAAACUAGACAGAGGCAGGGUUGAUUGUUUGUGUUAAGGCUCUAGAAAUUCUGAAUACUAAAUUUUACUUUUUAGGAUAAAUAUUCACAUGUAAAUCCCUGAAAAUUCACAUAUAGAUUCCCCUUUUUGGAGAAAAAAAAUUACACUUUUUUUAUCCUAACUCAUUAUAGAAAACUAGAAAUACUUAAGAUCUUAAAAUCUUGUUCUAGUAUAGUAGAAGGAUUUCUUAAGUAUAUCUUAUAAUACAAAGAGCUCAGGAAAAGCCACUGCUGGCUUUUCUUACUUGUCUCUAGAGGAUUCCUUGUGUGUUGUGAACAAACCCUCCAAAUUCUGACUUUCCCCCCCCCCGCCACAUUAGCACCACAUAGCACUGAACCUUGGAAAGAGAUGCCAUCUCAGAGUUUAUUGUUGUACUGGGGGUAUUUUAUUUACUGGGGAUAUUUUAUUACAUGUACACAAACAACUGCCCAUCAGCUGGUCACAGAGCUGGUUUGAAGCAAUACUCAACAGCAAAAUUAUAAAAAAUUUCCUUUCAUUGAGCUCCAGCUUCAGUUUGGGUGCCACAGUGCUGCUGCUGAGCACAACAUGGAACACACAAUCUUUGUGUCUUCCCUGCUGCUUAAACUCAUUCCAGUCACCUCACUUUUUAUUUUGUGGUGAUGUUUCAGCACUCCUGGCCAUUGGUGAUUUUCUAGCCACUGGCACUCUAGUACUGAAACCCUUAAGAAGGUAGAACUACCUUUAAGGCCUUUAUGUGUGAUGAUAACUCGAGAUAAACUGUGUAACUUGAUUCCCCACUGACCUUUUAUUGUUUUUUCAAGCACAAAGACAGAAUAAUGUUGGCCAAAAUACUGGGUUUGGGUCAUUAAUGGGGAGGGAAGGAUUUGUUUGUUGUAAAAGGACUUAAAACUUUGAGGAAAACAUAUGUAAUUUUGGGGAAAAUCUUAUAAUUUCUCAAGCAGUCUGUCAUAGAAGUUUUUAACUCUUCCUCUGUUUUCAGUUCUUAUGUAGCUACCAUAAAUCUGAUGUUGUACAUGAACUUACUCUUAAUAUUUACAGGUUUUUAGAGAUGCUGGCAGGAUUGUAUCUAUAAAUGUUUGAAUAAUGCUAUAGCAAAUUAUUGUGCUUAUAAAAAUGUUUAUAACUAAGUUCUUAUAGAUCAUGUCAUAUGUCAUAAAUUUUGGCAAAGUCCCUGUCUUGUGAGAUGCUGAGAAAACCUUGGAGAAGAGGUAUUUUCAGAUGAUGCUGUAAUUGCUGAAGGUGAAAUCUUAUUGUCUUUAAAAACUGCAUUUAGAUACUUUUUUGUUGUAGUUGAGGGCAACUUGAUUGCAAGCUACUCUGGGAUGUUCUUGUUUUGUUUGGUGGUUUCCCUGGCUGCAGUGUGUACUUCAAUUUUUUUUUUGUUUGUUUGUUUUUUUUACUGAAAUGUGCAUGACUUUUAAGUACAUUGUAUAGCAAAUCCCCUGCUUCUGUAUAUUUUUGUAUGGUAUUCCAACAUGCUUGCAUUGGUACAAAUGGUUGUAAUUCACAAGAAGUGCCACUUGCCAGUGCUGCUCUGUGGAGUGUUGUGUUACCUGUACUGCUGUUGUACAAAUGCUGAUGACUGUUGUGAGCAAUGCUUGCAUUUAGUCUUGGCUCAGGUACUCGUGUGGAGCAGUUUGGUGCUUUUCCUUCUGACUUGUAAUACUUGGGAUUCUAAGCAGAAAAUAAAGUAGUAAACAAAAAGCCUUGUGGUUGGAGCAGUGCUUUAACAGGUGCUUCUUUCACACCUCAAUGCAAGAAAGAGAGUUUGAUAGAUACGAUGAAGCUUGGCUCAGCAUCUUAACUCCAGCACCUUAGUCUUCCUGAAUGGGAAAUGCAAUAAAAUCAAAGUGUUUGCUCAAUCAUACAGUUUAUGUAGAGCAUCAUAUGUAUAAAACUUGUUCUCAGCUAAACUAGUAUAUUUUAUAUUAUUAUAUUUUAGAGGUGAAUUGCAUGGAACUUAGCAAGCAAUGCUAUCAGCAUUUUCAUCUUCAUGGCAAUUUAAUUCAAACAUACAUGAACAUUACUUCCUGUGCCAGAAAGGCUAUAUAAUUAGUACAGACACUUUUAAAACAUUUGAUUUAUUGAAGAUGUUUAUCAAGAAAACCUAAUGCUUAAAUUCGGGUGCAUUAAAAAGGCAGCACCCUGACAUCUAGCUUUGACAGCAUUUGUUAAACUUAGCUACUGUCCUCAAAAGUGAGGAUGCAAUUCAAUUCAGUCAGUGUAAGUAUACUAAUAGUGUUUUAAUAUGACUGUGUUCUGCUUAUAUUUGACUUUCUCUGAAGGAAAGAAUUGAAAUUACUAAAAAAAGACCAACCCACACAUUAAAAUGAGCUCUAGGUCUAAACAGACUUUUUAGCUCAAAUAGUUUCUCAGAGCUGCAGCUCACAGGAAGCAACAAUACAAAUGUGUAAGGAUUUUUCCUUUAGACAGCUCACAGAAAAUAUAUGCUAAUUGAAUCUCUUACAUAUCUGCAUGCUUCAUCAGUCACCCAAAUUGCCUGAGUUCCUCCACUAAUAAAGCUUGUUUCAUAUUUGCAGAUGGCUUCAGUAUGUUUUACAAGCUGAAUAUACUGCAUAUCCCCAGUUCUUUGUAAAGAAAUCAAAGCAAUAAAUUAAUUGAGGAGGGGAAAAGGUAGAAGAAAACAGCCAGCUCUUCUGGCUUUUUUUUUUCCUUGUCCUCUUUCCAAAACUAAAGAAGGAACUAAAAUCUAACUGUAAAUCUUGUAAAUCAAACUGUAGAUCUUGUCUUUCCCCUUUCUGUCAUUUUCUCUACAGGAUCAUAUUUCUACUUCUAGCUGAAAUAAAUAUCUACCUAGAAGACCAACAAAGAGAGUUCCCUUAUGCUGGGACCUGCCUUUUUCAAGCUAUUCUGGUGCUACUGCUCUGAUCUUGAUGAGUUCACUAUCUGGAAGUUGAGUGUUAUGAAACCUAAUUGAUGGGGCUUGAUGGGUUUUCUUUUUUUGUGCUAAUGAUUUUUUUUUUUUAAUCCAAAUAUGCAGAAUAAUAAACAAGCUGGAUAAAUUAUCUUGAUUUUUUUACACACUACUGUAGUCACGAGACUAACACUGCUAGGGUUUUGUUUACUGUGUUGCUAAUGUUGUUUGGAUGUCCAAAACAUCACCUUCCUGGAAGGGUGGUGGCAGAUUUUUAUUUUGCUUUCAAAAUUUAAACCAAAGAAAAAUGUAAAGCUUCUAGUCAGACAUAAACAUCUACACUCUGGAGUAAGGUGAUGGUCAAAUAUUUUUAGUUUUAGCAUGUAUAUUUAGGGAUAUAUUUUAUGUGAUAUUAAACCAUGUAUCAUCUGCAUAGCAGAGAGAAGAGUGCAGUGAAAUAAAAAAAUAUGAGCAUCUUUGAUAUGAAGAACGCUAUGCACUAAGGCCAAGGUAAAUUAGCAGAGUCCUCGUUGCAGCCCUUGUCUCAGUUUCUAGUGUGACAGGCAGAUAUUAACUGCUGAUAAAAUCCGGGAAGGAAAGCAAUGCUUCCAUUAAAAUGUUAUGAUUUUGGACUUUUCCUUUUCUUUUUCCAGCAUCAAGAGAAGGAUCCGUAUCUCAUUUGCUUGAAAAUCAUUAGUCACCAUCCUAGAGAUAUGGCUAAUUACUUUUAACUAAAAAUAAUAUUUUGAUAAAGCUGUGCCAUUUCUCCUGGGAAUUGUUUUAAACUUCCUGUAUGCUUACUACCAAUUUUCUGCAGUAUGGCUUGGGAGGAAUGUGUACUGCACUGUUCGAUAGCAACAGGUCUGAAGAGUAUCAAGGAUGAAAUUCUCAAGGGUCUUUAUGUCGUGGUUGGAAAUGGAAUCAUUACUGUAUUUUUGAACUCCUGCUAACGUCAUUGACACCCACCUACAUUCUACUAGAAAUAUAAGUGCAGAGAUCAGGUUGUUCACAGAUUACUAGGAGACCAACCAAGAAGGGGCAAGCCAAAGCCAAAUUCCCUGGUAAGCUCUAUUUUAAAGAGAGGGAGAAUUCCUUUUCUCCCCCUGAGUCAAGUUGUGAAAUGGAUCUCUAGUAUGUUAGACCAGGCUGUAUUAAAUACCAUUGCACUUAUUAUUAUAUGUAGUAAAAUGUAAUGCAGGUUUAAAAACUGAGCUCUCUGGAUCUUGGGCCAUAUUUUUGCAUUCUCCUUGGAGUACAUAGAGUUCUGGUGCUGUAUUAGCCACUGAAAAUGGUUUUAUGUAAUAAAUGUAAACUUACAAAUGUAAUAUGUUGCGCUGAGUAUUCUACUGGUCCCUCAGAAGAGAGUCCAGUGUCUAGAAAUAGCUUUGGUAUGAGAAACACUUGUUUAGAAUAAUUUUUUCUUCCAAGUACCUUAGGACUAUGAAAACAAAGAGUUGAUAGCACAUGGAUGUAAUCUGCAGUGGGCAGACUUUCCUUGGAUUCACAUGAUCUGUGUGUUCCCAGUGACAGCUCUGUAGGAUUUAAGGAGUAUGUCUGUUUGCCCUUCUUACAGACACUCUGUUCAUCUCCAGCAUGUGGAAAGUGCUGCUCCUGGGUCUCUACAUGGUAUUGGCUGUGAGAGGAUUGGCACAGGGUGCUUCUUUCCAACCAGAAGAUAAAUGGAAGCCUCUUGAUAACCCCAGAAACAGGGACCUGAUUAUGAAGAAAAGAAAAAAUCCUUUCAGAACUAUUUCAAAGGCUGAAAGAUUCUGCUGAUGAAGGUAAAAGAAGGUGCCUUGUCCUCUAAUGUUGUUAUGUGUAGCCAAGAAAGACACUGACUGAAGUAUAAAAGUAGCUUCUUUCUCAGAAUAAAUUAAAAAUGUAGUACCUUAACCCUUGUCUGAAGUGGGGUUUAAAAUUCUUGAGGCAGAGAUUUAUGAGGUUGUUACUACUUAGAUAAAAUAACACAUGGUGCUUGUGAGUAGGAGUAAAUAGACCGUGAUUUUUUUUCUUUUUUCUCCCCUCCGUCAUAUGGAGGAGAAUUCUGAAAAUGUAGAUAAUAGGGGAUGCAGGUUUUAUGGAAGGAAUUGAAAAGAGUAAGAUUACAAAUUGAGAUUAAUUAAUGGUUUCUUGUGAUAUAUGUAUAUUAAUAAAAUUAAUUUAGGCAUAAGUUAUUGCACUAAGAAAGCAUACAUUAUCUUUUACAUUCACAGGAAAUAUUGUUUUCUUCUGGUUUACAAAUAGCUGAGAAUUUCAAUAAGAUUUAAAUCAAAGCAUUUUGGUGAUUUACUCAGUAUCUUAAAGUGAUUAAUUUGUAAUCAAUAUUCAGCUUUGGAUUUCCAGCUCUGUCCUGUUCUUGGCCUGCUUAACACUUGUCUGUUUAUAAUCAAAAUCAAAGCUUUAUUCUUAAUAUGAACCAUAAUAAAGAUUGCAUUCAAAUUUUAAUACUAAAUUCUCUUUUUUCUGAGUUGCUAUAUCAGGAAAAAUAGAAUCACCACAGAAUCUGUAUUUUGUGUGCAUGAAAAAAAAUGAAAAGGAAAUUCAGAAGGGAUGCUCUCCUGUAAGUCACAGCAGCAGUGAGAACAUGACUGGUGGAAGUUUUGUCCUGCAUAAUUCAGAAUGGUCAUGGCAGUGCUUGUCAGUUAUGGGAACAGAGGUUCAGCCAGUUUUCUCUUGUAUUGGUUUGGAUCAUACCUUGGUUGCAUAUAUAAUACAGAAAUAUUAGUCUCACUAUUAGUAAUUUUUUUUGGUCUUUUUUAGGCAUUAACUUCAGAACUCCAUGCCAAAUGGAAACCUUCAUAUCAAAAUUUUACUGCUUUGACUUUUUACCUGUAAGCUGACAAUUCCAAAGUCUCUUCACUGUCACCGUUUCUGCCGAUGGAAUGUGGUGUCCUGCUGCAAUGAGCAUUAUUCUGUCUAUUGACAGAUGCGUGCUCUUCAGCUACUGCAGUCUGUGAAAAGAAUUGUGCUUAAGCGUGAAUAAAUGAGGAGUGCAACAGCCA